AUGCGAGAUGAUGCUUACUGGUGGUAUGACAUUCAGUCGUCACAGGGCUCGCCUACCAGCCCUUCAAUUAACUACGAUAUGAUAUCGGAAGCGUUUUGGAAAGUAAAAGGAGAUAACAUUAAGAUCACUCGAAGCGACGAUGGCUCACACUCUGCCCUUCUCCGUACUUACUCUAAUUGCUUAAGUUACAGAACCCUAAGAGGGUUUUUGUCCAGUUAUGGCAGGUUUACAUAUUCCACUCCCUGGUCUGAUGAUAAGUGCCGCGGAAGCUGUCCAGUGUAUUUUGGAGGCCGGUAUAGUUCCAUGCCAGAGUUUAAUCAAGCACACUGCAGCAGCAACAUUCAAGGAAGCAGCCGCAUUGGGUUCUGGUGUCAGUGGCAAUCCGGUGAUGGUGCGGUGAUGAUGUUUGGUGGAGGAGGAAGUGGCUGUAAUAGAGCAGAUCAUGGUAUUGGUAUCACUGAGGAUAACGAUAGUUCAUUUCAGUAUUCAGGACCAGUAGAGUAUGAUUUUGGUUAUGAUGCUGAUUUCUCGCCUUCAAAUUCAUACUCCUUAAAUUUGUGGAUUCGCUGAAUAGAAUAGAAUGGAAUGGAAUGGAAUAAUAAGAAAAGAUUAGAAUAAAACAGAAUAAAAAAAGCUCCCUAUAUGCGCUUUACAGCCACUAUAUGACUAAAAAAUUACAGAACACUGAACUAGUGUACCUAAUAGUUAAAAUAAAAACACCAUAUUUUGAAAAGAUCAAGGCGAAUUUCUAUUUCCGCAAUCCCACAUUUUAACAAAAACUUUGAUACCGUUAAAUCAGUUAAAAGGGUCCCACUCCCCUCACCGUAUAAAGUCUUUAUCUACGUCAUUAUCGGAUUCAUUAAUGUAACAGAAUGUAACGAGUGAUUAACUUUGCGUGGCAAACGAAAAUAUCUAAUUAUGUAGGUUGUGCGUUGUAUAUUCGAGUUGUCCUUGUGACAUUAAAUUGAAUGGCCGACAGUAAGGGACGGACCAUUAGAAAAGUUAUGGGGGGUAAUUUUCGAGCCGCAGGAAUGUUUUUCGUUAUCAUAUCCCUUGUAUGAAUUAUUUUAGGCCACAGCAUGAAUAUUUUUAAGAGUUAAUUGGCGUGCAUGAAUUUUUUUUCAUUUAAUUUUCCCUUGCGCGAAUAUUUUUUGUGUACUUCGCCGCCCCCAUCCCCCUAUCAGUUUUCUAAUGGUCCGUCCCUAAGACCUUUUCAAACCUUUAUGCCACUGUAGUGUGUUAAUGAUUAAAAGCUGUGUCCUGGUUCUACCACGAUACUAGCGCUCUAUUUAGGAUCUAGGAUAUCUUGGAAUUUGAAAACUUUUGAGCCAAUAAAGCAGGUCUGUGGGUCUUACGUCUACUUUUAAUGUUUUAUAUACGACCAAGUAAAUUUUGAAGCCAAAGGUUAGCGCAAAAGCUUACAUCAAAGAUACCUACCCUUUUUCUCUAUUGCGAAUUAAUACUUUUCGAAAUUUUUAAAUUCAUAGGAUAACCUGUACGUUCUGAACGUGCGCGUGCUUUUGUCGGAUUAAGCAAACACGAAAGUGGCGGUAGCCUGUGCCAAAAUAAGCCCUCGGUCAGUGCAGACCACCGAAAAAGGUGCGGUUUUCGCGCAGCUUUUCUCUAUGCGCUUUCCCCACUAUCUUGGAGUCUGGAACAGGCUAAAGCGGCGGCAGCGAAAAGUUCACUUAUAAAGUGAAUCCUCUCUUUUUCAAACUAUUGCUAUAACAUUGGUUCAGUUUGUCAAAUGAAGGCGAUCUUUCUGGAGUAGAACUCUUAUGAACCGUAUCCAAGUUCAGUAAGAACUAAAAAAAAAAUUGUCGCCUUGUGCUUACGUCGAGAAUAAAAAAAAUGGUCAAUUUCACGCCGUAAGCUUGCGGUGACUAAAGAAAAUAUACCGUGUGAUGUACGCGUUGAGUUAUCGUUUAGCUUUUUAAACUAACUGUAGUUGCCGUCGCCUUUGUAGUUGUUUAGGCUUCCGCCGUUAGUAAUACUGAUCACUAUGUAAUGACGCAGGAAAAAAUUUAAAUGUAAAGCUUCGGUAAAACGAUUAACAAAAACGGGCAACUUCAACUUUCAACAUUGCUGCAAAACGAGUUCAAAAGCGAUGUUGCGCGUUUUGCCACCGACGUUCAUAACUGAUUUUUUGAUAGACAGGUUUGAUGAUUUACGUGGGAUAGUGUAGGUGGCGAGGUAAAUUUCCACCACUAGCCACCCACACUUCGGUGAAUAAUUGUUAUUUAUCUAAUUUAUCAUGCAGAAUCAUAAUGUAGAUGUUGUAGUUAUUUUUUUUAUCUCAGGUACUUUUUGUGUUUCUUCCAGGUGAAUUUGUAUUUCCGCUAUUUCGUACUAAACUCAGUUUUAACACUAAUGGUGCUUUCAAACCGGUAAAUCUGCCAACGGAACCCCCACUUCGCUCCCAAUACUUCGAAGUCAAUAGUUACGCUAUAGCUCUCAGCUAUAGCAUUCAUUAACGUAACAAAAUAUAAAAUGAUUAAACUUAAAAAGCAUAAAUGGUUAAUUAUGUUGGUUCACGCGUCUGCCAUUCCACCCUUAUCCUUGUGAAAAUGAACGACUGACAGUGAAACCGCACUUAGUUUUCAGACCUUUAUGCCACUGCAGUAUUGUGACUAUGGGGAGAGGCAGUGUCCUGGUUUUACCAGUGAUGCUAGCACUUCUUUUAGGAUCAAGGAUUUGUUACACUUUGAAAACGUAUGAGCCAAGGAAAGCAGGUUUGAGGGUCUUACGCACGUUUACUUUUAACGCUUUGUAACUUAGUGAAUUUUGUAGCAGUUGGUUUGCGCAAAGCUAAUAUAACUUCCCGUGCCCAGUUACCUCCAGGAUGAAAUAAAUAAAUUUCGAAUUGCUGGCUUUCGCAGAUUGCAUAUAACCUGUGUGUUCUAAGUGUGCGCGUGCUUUUGUCGGUAGGUUGCAACAAUAACAUGAAUAGGAAGCUUACGCAAACACGAAAGUGACCGCAGCGAAAACGUCAUUUACAAAGUAAAUUCACGCCUUUUCAGCUGAACUAUUGAUAUAUUCCAUUUGCUUCAAUUUGUCAAAUGUAGACAAUCUUUUCUGGAGCAAAAUUAUUUUGGACCAUACCCAAGUUAAGAACUGGAAAAAAAAAGAACAUUCUUCAAAAAACUCAUAAAACAGAAAUGUUAAGCCGGCAUUAUGUUGCGUGAGACAAUCUGACCUACAUAUGCUAGUAUGCAAAACAGCAUAUAAUUAUAUAUUUUUUAGAUAAUAAAAUACACUUGUCGUUGAUAAAAGCUGUUUGACUAUCUUCGCAUUUUCUUAGCUACUACCGAAAAAAUAGAGAGAUUUUGAGUCACGCUUUAAUACGGCAAAUGGCAAACGUCAGAUUCAAAAUGAGAAUUCAGCUGAAAAUUUCUCAAAAUAGAAUAUAAGCAGAUAAAAACAGCUCAGAACAAUUCAAAUGUAUAAAAAUGGCGUGAAACAAAUAAUUUCUGAGUAAAAGUAACGAACAGUAAACAACACUAAAGGGAAAAGUUGGUCACGUGGUGCAAAGAUCACGUUUCCCUUUUGACGUAAACGGGGUUCUACAAUUAUGUGCAAACAAUAUGUGUCUAGCCCUUCCUUGAGAGAAUAUGUCGGCCUUUACUAAUGAUUUUUGUUUUGUAGGCGCAACAAGCAAUGCUUCAACAAACUCACACCCUAUUUUGCAAUAUCAAGAAGGAAGGCAAGAAAACAAAGAUGGGUCUAACCUCCUGGUUCAACAUCGCGUCAGAAAGGGAGUUGGUGAGUAAUUUCAAUUUUAACUGAGAUGCUGACCUGUGGGAGUUCUUUUUCUUUUAGGUAUAGGUCAAAGAAAAAAUCAGAGUUGGUUUUCAAACAAAUAACCAUCCUCUCUAUUUGUCUAUUUGUUAUAUUAUUAUUUGUUGUUUACUGUUGUUUUUAUUAUUUACUCUUGUUUUGACAUGACACGGAGUUGACCAACGACCUUACCUUGGAACAAAUUCAAUACAACUAGUGCUGUGAUCGCAAGAGUAAGCUUAAACACUGAUCGCUGUUGGACCAACACUUGUAUUACAGCUUAGUUCUACCGUCCGAGUGUAGGUCUCCUUUACUACUUCGAUUGUUCCGAACGCCCUUUUACAACAUUUUCUCGGUAAAAACUGCAGUGACAAUAAACACUUGCAUUUUUUUUCAAACAGUAUUUAACAAAGAUGUUUCAGAAGUUUUUGUUCAGUUGUUUUGUUGCUGAAGUGUAGUUGUGUUUUCUUUGUUGUUGUUGUUUUUAAUGUUCAUUUAGUUGCUUUUUUCGGUAUUGGCUAGACUGUUGCAAGCUCAGGUACUUUUACUACCACAGGUAAUGACCUAAAUGAAUUGAAGGACAAAGCAAAAAAAGCUAAUUCAGCUUACAAAUGGAUAAAAGUGAAUUGGAAGAAAAUUUUUGUGAUCAUUGUUGCGAUAUUUGCAUUGAUUGUUGUCGUGGGAGUCUAUCGAAGGUGUUUCUCUGAUUCAGGGUAAGUUGAAGUCUUUUAAUGCCGUUAUGCAAAAACACACGAAGUAGCACUGACACAGUGACUGACAUAAAAGAUCGGGGCAGUGGAUAGGAUUAGCUUAAUUAGUUGACUUCGUGAAUCUGGCUGGUUAGGCCUUUGUUGCAUUGUUCCACUACGUAUAUAUACAACCCGGUUUUAGCGAAAGGCUGCGUCAGGCUGCGUGUAUUAAUAAACUAUGCGCCCGUUGCUGUGCCAAAAAGGGAGAUCUGCGUAAUUCGAUUUCAUGUCUAGCUUACAGAAUAACUGCCACAGAAAAAUGACAUAUGAAUCUUCCACGAAAAUAUACUCGUCUGGCUAUAAAUCAAUUGCGUCUUGACUAGAUCGAUCGAAUUACCGGCGGAGCUUAAUGUCCAUCUUAUCUAAAUUAUUGCGGUCUUAUGUAAAUAUAAUGUACCCUUUAAGUGCCGCGACCCUCCGUUCAAUAGGUAAAAAAUUCACUUACAGUAUCAGAUUAACAUAACGACUCGAGAGGAGGAGUAACUUUAAACUGUCCAUAAAACCUGCAGUGUUAUUUCAGCCCUUUUUUGCCAUUUUUUAACUGAGUUUAGCAGCUUCGUGAAAUAGUUUUCAAAGAAGAAUUUUAAUAUAUUUGCUGCAAUUUUGUCGUUUUUUGACUUUUUUUAGCUCUGAUGAAGACGACGUCCAACCCAACAUUGUCGUUUUAAAAAUGCAAAAGCCAGACUCGAUAGGUAAUGGUGAAUUUGACGACCGGAUCGUGAGGGAAGGACUCACUCACGGAAAUAAUGAUGGCACAUGGGAAGGAAAGGGUCUCCAAAAGGCCACUCAUGACUCUGAGAUCAAAGGUCACAAAGGCAAAAAGGUCGCAGAUAAAUUGGCAACCACUGGAAAAGCUGGAGGCCAAACUUUAAGAUCCUUCGCUACGUCAAGAAACGUUUAUUUCAAAGACAUAGCGACUUCAAACUCUUUUUUUAAAAAUGACGGAUUUCAUCGUCUUAAGAUGGAUAGUAUUCCUGUUUCUGGAUAUACUACUUUUCAGCAAAGAGACUUUUCUUUGCUCUACUUUCAUUUCUCUAAGCAGCUUUUCAAAGUGAAAGCACAGGCAGACCAACUAAGCGUCCAAUCUACAAUGACCUGGCAAGGAAGCCUGCGCAAAGGUCCCUUUCCAUUCUACGAGGAAAUCAUGAUACCGUUGAUAAAAAUGUUGGGAAUGUCGUCAAAAGAAACAUAUUGUGACGAUUAUGUGCCAGUUGCUCUCACAAACACCAACAUACCCUUGACUGUUUCGCCUUAA